UCCGGAUAAACCCCACCCUGCACUCUUCCCUUCUCCAAUCCUCUUGGUACCCAUAACAACAGUAGCCGGAGAUGGCGAACCUCUGCCCUUCUUCCCUGUCGAUAAACCCUUCUCUCUUCUCUGACCGCUCUUCUUUUAGGGCCCAAUUAGACAUGUUCAGAUUCCCCUCUUGCGGGAGGGUUUUCUAUGGAGGUCUAUCUCGUUCUGUCAACCCCGCAAGAGGAAUGACCCUGAGGGUGGUUGCGGAGGCUCAGCAGACGUUGGCAUCGCCUGAGGCUGCCAGGAGGCUCUACGUCGGCAACAUUCCCAGGAAUGUCGACAAUGAAGAGCUCACUCGCUUGUUUCAGGAGCACGGCUCCGUUGAGAAGGCGGAGGUUAUGUAUGAUAAAUACACUGGAAAGAGUCGCCGUUUUGCAUUCUUAACUAUGACCUCAGUCGAGGAUGCAAAUGCAGCUAUUGAGAAUAUGGAUGGAAAGGAAAUCGGGGGAAGACAAAUCAAGGUGAACAUCACUGAGAAGCCACUUCAGCCUAUUGACCUGUCCAACAUUCAGGCAGAAGAAUCAAGUUUCAUUGACAGCCAAUAUAAAGUUUAUGUAGGCAAUUUAGCGAAGACAGUGACAUCAGAUAUGCUGAGAGAUUUCUUUUCUGAGAAGGGAAAGGUUCUUAGUGCUAAGAUUUCAAGAGUACCAGGUACUUCAAAGUCCAGCGGCUUUGGUUUUGUUUCAUUUUCUUCUGAAGAAGAAGUGGAGGCUGCUAUUUCUUCCUUUCACAAUACUCGUUUUGAGGGGCAGCAGAUUCGAGUCAACAGAGCCUAGAACUUGUGUUUCAGUAGUGUGCAUGUGAUCUUUGAAGCUUCUUUGGAAUCCUUAAACAGCUACAACUUGAACCAAAGUGGUGGUGUAGCUUUUCUCCUGUAGACGUAUAGUGGAAACUACUUUUCCUUUCAAGCACGUAAUCAUUGACCAGUGGUCAGUCAGGACUCAGGAAGCACAGAAUGACGGUUUUGGCACUUUUACCUUUUUUGUUUUGCAUCUUUCCUGUUUGUAGAUUGUGGUGAAAGAAUUUUGGAUAUUGAUCCAGCUCCAGUUGACAAUGGUACGACUCAAUGCAACAAUAUCUAUGUUGGGUUCUUUGGGCAAAAAAUAUUUUUUGUCCCUAGAAAUGGCUGUCUGAAGGUCUUCUUUUGGAUAGACAAGAGAGGGAAAUGAAAAUGAAAAAGUGUCUAAAUGCGAAUUCCGAAACUUGUUCACCUCAAUCUAUUAGAUGGUAGAACAGAAAUAAUGUUUUAUUGCUUGGACUGCCUAAGUGCCUCAAGACCGUUGCCGAAGCUGGCAUUUGACUAUGCCUCUCCAGCUGCUUCCUUGGGCUUAAUGGUCCUCUACAUUUGUAGUCAUCUUGUCUGCACUUAUGUUGUGAAGGGAAGUGAGAACCAUUGGGAAGGUGUUAUCUUUUGCAUUUUGCAUAUCACAUGAUUUUUAAUUUUUUAUUUUUUGCAACAAUUUGGUUGAUGGUUUUGUUGAAUACAAAAUGUGCAUAUCUUGUCCUUUGUA